AUGGCAUAUGGUACCACCCUCCCACCCGUUGUCGCGGCCGAGGUUUCGACCUUCUCGAAGGAGGGUUGCUCUUCGGGUGCCGUUGAUUUCUCGGCCCUUCCAAGUGGAUUUCCCGAGUCGAUCACCUCCGACGCUGCCUGGACUGGCGCCAAUUAUGCCAGCAAACCGUCCGAGUUUAUCCUGCUUCUAGCCGCGGUCGAGAUUGAGGAGCUCGAGGAAGCUCUCGCUCAUUUCAAGGGUCUUGACCUAGACGGCGGUCAUGUUACUCGUCACAGCUUCCCGCUUCCCAUUCUGUCCAAGAAACUCAGUCAGGUCGCCCAGGACAUCUAUUCUGGUCGGGGUUUUGCGCUCAUCCGCGGUCUGAAGCCGGAGAAUUAUAGCGUCGAAGACCUCACUCUCCUUUAUCUGGGCAUCCAGGUCCACAUUGCCGACCAGCAAGGACGCCAGGACAAGAGGGGAAACAUGCUAGUCCACAUCGUCGCCGACGACUCAACUGCCCAGAAGGCGGAGCAUCAUCGACAUUCCACCUCGGCCAUCAGUUUCCACAAUGAAGAGGCGGGUGACAUUGUCAGCUGGCUGACGAGAGAUACCGCUGCCAAAGGCGGGAAGUGCAUCCUCGCUUCUGCUCAUACCGUCUAUAAUAUCUUGGCCACUGCUCGACCUGACAUGAUCCGCACUCUGGCUGGUUCUGACUGGCCGUUUUCUCUGCCCCGAUUUCAGUGCCGACCCAUCCUUUUCAACCACGGCGGCAAGAUCAUCAUGAACUUCGGUCGAACACCGUUGAUGGGAAGCGCUGCGCACCCCCGUCCUGAGCACCUCCCGGCCCUUACCUCGCGACAGAUAGAAGCUCUAAAUGCCGUCGAAGCCCUUGCCCGGGCCACGCAGCUUGAGAUCCAGACCCAAGCCGGCGACAUUCACUUCAUCAACAACUUUGCCGUGCUCCAUCGUCGGGAGGGCUUUGUUGACGGUCCCCAGGAGAAGCGGCAUCUCGUACGCAUGUUGCUACGCGAUACUCAGCAGGGUUGGGCCAUUCCCGAGGAACUCAGGCGUCACUGGUUCGAUGCCUUUGAGAGGGAAGCGGAUCGUGCCUGGCAUCUUCAGCCCAUGCCCGAGGGAUUCUUCCCUCUACGCAUCAACACCAACUAA